AUGGUCAAGGUAGCAGUCGCUGGAGGAACAGGUGCCGUGGGCAAGACUCUUGCAGAUGUCCUGGCUGGCCAGACUAAGCAUGAGGGUAUUAUCCUCACACGAAAAGACCCUACGCAUAAAUCCCCCCCAUUGCCUCAGUACACCGUUGAUUACGACAAUGUCAGCUCUCUGACCGCCUUUUUGGAAGAGCAUGACGUCCAUACUGUCAUCAGCGCGUUUGGCAUCAACGCGAAAUCUCUCACGGUCUCGCAAAGCAACCUCAUUCAAGCUGCAAAUGCCUCGAAGGCCACUAAGCGAUUCAUUCCAAGUUCAUUUGCUACAGCAUAUCCUAAAGAUGGUCCGCAGAUUCUCCCUCCGCUUCAAGCAUACUUUGAUUCCCUAGAUGCGUUAGAAUCCACUAGCCUCGAGUGGGCUGUCGUGCACAACGGUAUCUUCCUGGAUUAUUACUUUCCGGAUACCUUGAAGUCGUACUACAACCAUACUACCUUGGUCGUGGAUAUCCCCAACGGAGCCGCCGCGAUCCCUGGAACUGGCAAUGAACGCCUCACUCUCACAUCUAUCCAUGACUCGGCGCGUUUUGUUGUUGCAGCACUCGAUCUCCCGGAGUGGCCGCGUGAGCUCCGUGUUGUCGGGGACACCUUAACAUACAACGAGCUAGCCAAACUGGCAGAAGAGGCUCGUGGCGUCAAGUUCGAUGUCAAGUAUGACGAACUCGAGAAGUUGAAGAGGUUCGAGGUCUCUGAGUUGCCAGCACAUCAGAAUGACUAUAAAAGAUUCCCAAAAGACGUCCUAUUGCCUUUCUUGUCUAUUUUUGAGCGAUGGACCGCUGAAGGACUUUCAGAGAUUAAGUAUGAGGGUUCGCUCACUGAGAAGUUCCCUAGUAUUAAGCCAUUGAAAGUUAAGGAUCUAAUGGACCAGUAUUGGAAGGCUUAG